GCCGCAAGCACCACAGCCGGAGAAAUCCUCUCGUGUGGUCUCUUCAGCUCUCAGACGGCAAGACGAUGCUGCCGCCGAGGUCCGCCGCCGCCGCGCCGUGCUCGGUUGCAGGACUUCUGUUCCACCGAUUCUCAUCCUACUCGUCCUCUUCUGUCUAUUCUGUCCGCCACCACGCCUCGUCUGCUCUCUCCUCCCAGCCCUCCACCCGCCCCACCACCACCUGGUCCUCUUCCCCCCAUUCCAGCAGCCGCAGGAUCAGGGGGUUUGCGGCCUGGGCUUCGGCGCCGGGGCCGGCGGGGUCUGCGGAUUCCCUCGCUACAAAGGCGCUAGAGGCUAAGAUCAAGGAGCAGCUGGAGGCGGACACAGUCACGGUUGUGGAUACCUCUGGAGAUGGCCGCCAUGUUUGCAUAGACGUGAUUUCCAAGGCAUUUGAGGGAAAAUCUGCUGUAAACAGGCAGAGAAUGGUCUACAAGGCUAUAUGGGAGGAGCUUCAGAGCACUGUGCAUGCUGUGGACCAGAUGACUACCAAAACGCCUGAUGAAGCUGCUGCCAACAAGUAAUCGAUAGAUGCACAAUACCUGUGAAAGCACAGAUUAUCUGUGCUUCGAAGAUCAGGCCAUUGCUUGGACCAAAUUUUUUCUCUUGGGUGGUAUUACUUUGCGUGUCAGCUGAAUGGUCAAUAAUCUGCGGUAUGGAUAGCGCAUGGC